CCAUAUAUCGUCCACCUCUGCUGUUACGUCAGAUCAGUGAACACUUAAAGGAAGAAAAGAAGGAUGUAUUGUAAUGAUUCGACCGGUGACUCGCUCUCGCCGCUGCGCAGUGCAGAUAUUACCGGGAGGGCUGAACUGUAGAAUCUCCCGCUAUGAAAUCACAACCUCAAUUUACAACACGGCGUUAGCAUGCGUUUCUCUGUCUACUCGUCAAACGGGCCAUCAGGUGCAUCGUUAGAGACUGGCGCUGACAUGUUGGUGACGGGUGUGCUUUCCCUGCUCCUACUCGCGCACCAGUGUGUUUCUGCGCCACAGGUGCCCGGGGACCAAAGAGUAGAGUCAGCAGGAGCCCCUCCCCCUCUCACACUGGCCAAUCCCUUUGGCUCUGGAGACGAGGAGCGCAGGCUGCUGCAGAGCUACAUCAAGGCCAACCUGAAGGAGGGACAGGGAGGACCAGAUAGCACCUGGGAACAAGAGGUGUUUUUCCUGUUUAGUCUCCAUGACUAUGACCGCAGCGGUGACAUGGAUGGCCUGGAGAUGAUGAGGCUGCUCUCUGAAUACAACUCCCACAAUAGGCCUGGAGAACAGUCAGCUGAGCCGGUGGUGGACAUGGUAGACUUUCUCCUGCAGACUCAGGAUCUAAACAUGGAUGGUCUAAUAGCUCCCCCCGAGCUACUCUCUCCCCCCAAACUACAACAACCAGACUCCUACUCCCAGGGUGCACCUGAACAGGGAGGAAGUGUGGCCCAGGAGCAGGUAAAUGUCCAAGUGGAAGUCAAAGUUGUUGACGAACCAAAACUAGAAAAAGCAGCACAGAAAGAGAGGAAUGUAGAGGAACAGCCCAAGGAAGAAGAGUCAAAGCCAAGAGAUGUGGGACAGGAAGUUAAGACCAAUGAACAUCCUAUACAGGCAGAGGAGAAAGGACUGCAUAUCCCAGAGGCCCCUGCUGCUGAUCAUGAGCAAAAUAGGCCUGCUCCUGUACAUCAGGGGCAGCCUGAAAUGUAAACACACAAUAACACGCAAACAGCAUUCCAACACUUCCGUCCAGACAAUAGCAGGAGCCCUUUGACUGACAGCAGAGUUAGCAAAUCACAGCCCCUCAUCUACCUUGGAGGGGCUUGUUUUUCACACUGAGGGAUUUUUCUUUGGUACUGAAUUAUAAACAUGUCAGCCAUAUUGUUUAAGCUGCUGUUAGUUCACAUUGCACUUCUGAACAAGAUCAAGUGAGAAUAUAAUUCGGUAUUAAAUGUAUUUUGCCAAAAGAUACCAUACACUGCUAAAUAGUUGCUAUGAAAAUGAAGCCAUAUUGGAAUGGACAAUCUGAAGAAGUUAAUGGACUGCAUGUAUGAACUUGUCAAACGCAAUGCCUUUAAAUGAUACUUGGAGAAAGUGUUCCCCUCCAGUGCAAUAUUAAAAAAUGUUCACUCCCCUCAUGAAUGCAAAAGGAGUAGUUUGGUUUAAGAAAUUCAGUGGGAAAAGCCCUUUAACUCAUGGAAUUGGGCUCCAUCACAGCAGCUGUUGACUAGAUUCUCCCUUUUCCAGAUCAAAAACCCCAGGCCUUUUCACUUAGUGAAAAACCUAUAAACUGAAGUGCCAUCUGGUGAUUUUCAGAUUACAUUUAUUUUGCCGCCUGCUCACAGUAAACUAGAGCCCAAUUUAGUCUCACUUCUAGAAGUGUGCACUUGUUCCUUUAAAAUCCAUGAGGGGAGGAAACACUUUGCAGAGUUGUGUAUCAAUGAUUUAGGAACAUGGGAUAAAUAUUUGGUUUGCUGUAAAUUUCCUGAAUUGGAAGGUUUGUAUAUUUAUGACAACAAAAAAAGCCAACAUGACUGCCACCUUUGUAGUUUCUCAGUGGUCACUGAUUGCACCUUGUUUAAAAAAGAAACUUCCACUCACUUUUCCCUGUUACAACAUUUCCACUCAGGGAUUGCUAUGCCAAAACCCAAUUGAGCACUUGGAGAGCCAAGAGGAUUUGACAGCUGUAAGCAAUAUUCACCACCUUGCCAUCUAAGCUACCAGUAUGUGGAAGUCUCACCAUGUUGCUUACACGAUUAAAACCCACAAGUGCA